AUGUCCGGGGCUAUGCUCCGUGCUACGGCCAGGAUGAAUAGUGGUAUUGCACGAAUUCGGAUGGACGCCGCCGCAGCGAUGGCAAUUAUAGACAAAGGGAAACAACCGGUUUACGACGACCAGUCUUCGGAGAUGCACUGGACCAACGACAUGUUUUCUGAGGAAUCCCUCAAAUUUUUGGACGUAACGGAAGGACUGCAGAGGCUUUACCUAGGAAGCGAGGACUCUACACCGCGGCGAUUGAGUCUUACAGACCCGAGAAGCUUCGUGUCGUCUCCUGAAGAUCAAACAACACGCCAAUCACCUCCAGUCCCACCAAGGCCUGGGAGCAAGAAGGCUCGUACGGCCCCACCUGGGCCACUGAAGCUGGUCUCGCUACCGCCGGAGCCGCCCCGAAGAGCGAUCAGUGCGAGACGGUCACCACGCAGAGCGAAGAAAGAGAACGCUGAUAGCAGGGAUGUAAGUCCGAGCAGCCCGAUUACUCGCAUUCCGGUAUCACCACAGUUGGCUUCGAGAACGAGGAUCAGCAGAAGAAAGAGCGGGCGUGUGUCGGGCGGAAGAAUUGGGUUGAAGCCCAAGGUGCCCGUGUGGAGAGUAGCAGCAAUACCCAACACACGACAUUUCCGAGAUAUCUCAGGCUCAUCGAAUGAAACUGGUGCAGGAUGGUGGGAUCCACAGACACGACGCUCGUUCUCCAGUCGACAACGCGUCCAGGAAGCGUUGAAGGGCAGGCGGAUGGAGAUGCUAAGAACGGGGCUCGUCGAUUUCACCGAGAGGGCUCUACCAGAGACGCCAGGGUCAGUGGUCACGACACCGCGUGAGCUGUAUCAAGGCUGGACGCCUGAUAAACCUAGUCCACCGCCAGCACAGAAACGGGCAGCUUUGCAGGCUAUCACACCGAAUAAAGGACAGGCAAAGUCGUCCCCAUCGACGUCAUCGCCACGAGUCCACUGUCCAGGGGGAUUGCGACGUGGAAGCCCGGCUUGGAAACUGCGGACUGGCUCGACGCUGACAAUCGUCUCACCGGAAGAGGCAGCGUGGCAGCAACACGUUUACAUUCCAGGACCGAUUCGACUGGAGACGACAGUCUCCGCUAUUGCGCGCAAAGAAUCUAUCGCCACUCUCGAUCCUUUCUUGAGCACUGUUGUAAAGGCAGAGCCGCGGCGGGCAUCAGAUGACGCGGUUAUCGACGCGAUCGUGGGAUUUUUCGAGGACUUCCACAUCUUAUCUCCUUCGGACGAUGCAGGAUUGGACAGAUACUGGGACAAGCUGGUCGAUCCUCCGAAACGUGCACUGCCACGAAGACCGCCCCCACCGCCUGCACUCAUGCCCUCUGCCUUGUCGGUGUUGGUGCCUUCGCCGCAUUCGAGCCCGAGGACGCCGAGGCAGCUGAGCAGUGGGAGCACUCCGAAGUCGGCGGGGAGGACGCCUCAGCAGAGGAUCAAGCUGCGGAGACUGCUGGGCUCCGCCACUUCAAUCUUGUAG